ACUCAGUUGGCGAUGAAGUCUUUCAUAGUUUGUAGCAUAUUCUUCGGUACGUUUUGUGCUCAUCGUGCUUUUAGUAGUUCUUACCUCCAGAGCGAACCCAUUCCUUGUAAUACUGAAGUAGGAGAGCCGCUGUUCCUGACCCCCUACAUUGAUGCAGGGAAGAUACAAGAAGGACAAGAUGCAGCGAGAGUUCGACUUUUUGGAACAAAUAUAACCAGCUACAGUGGCUACCUCACCGUUAAUAAGACCUUCAACUCCAAUCUCUUCUUGUGGUUCUUCCCUUCUGAGAAAGACCCCCAAAACGCAUCCGUACUCCUCUGGCUACAGGGAGGUCCCGGAUCACCUUCUAUGUCUGGAAUCUUCACUGAGAAUGGUCCAUUCUAUAUUGAUAUUAAUGGCACUUUAAAAAAACGCCAAUACUAUUGGUCACAGCAAUUCAACGUGAUAUACAUCGACAAUCCGAUCGGAACAGGGUUCAGUUUUACAGAAGAUGGCGCAGGAUAUGCCACCGACCAAGUCAGGAUAGGAAAAGAUCUUUACUGUGCCUUGAUUCAAUUCUUCAAGCUAUUCCCGUAUCUACAGAAGAAUGAUUUUUUCCUUAGUGGAGAGUCUUACGCUGGAAAAUAUUUACCAGCACUUGGGUUUACUAUUCACACACACAAUAAAAUUGAAAAUCAAACAAUCAACUUGAAAGGGCUUGCGAUAGCUAGUGGAUUUAGUGAUCCGGAGAACAUGAUGAAUUUCGCAGACCAUGUUUAUCAAAUAGGACUUGUUGAUUCAAAAACCAAAGAGACGAUGCGUACAAGACAAGAUUCACUUGUUAAUCAUAUACGUAGAAAGGAUUAUUUAAAUGCAGCUGUAGACUAUUAUUUUUUGUUAUAUACUCUUUAUCGGCAGGCCGGAGAACAAUUCAACGUUUAUAAUUACUUGAAUCCUUCAACCAAACAAAAUAGUUUGUGGAAUGACUACAUACAAACUAGUGAUUUCAGGAGUAGUGUACACGUAGGAAACCGAAGUUUUUAUGACGGUAGCAAGGUUUCAGACAUCCUUGAAAACGACUUCAUGCAAUCAGUCAGACCAUGGGUGGAAGUUCUGAUGGAUAAUUACAGAGUAAUGUUCUACAAUGGGCAAUUAGACGUGAUUGUCGCAUAUCCGCUGUCUAUCAACUUCUUUAAGAAACUCAACUGGAGCGGAGCCGAAAUUUACAAAAGUGCACCUAGGAAAAGCUGGAUAGUCGAAAACGAACUGGCUGGCUUCACAAAGUCGGCCAAAGGGUUCACAGAGGUACUGGUGAGGAAUGCUGGACACUAUAUACCCAUGGAUCAACCAAAGUGGACCAUGGAUUUGAUUAAUCGUUUUGUUAACAAUAUUCCUUUUUGAUCGACAAGAGUACAUUCAAAUAUUAAAAAAUGGAAUUAAAAAAAUCGAAAAAUUUCUUAUCCAGUUUUUCAUUCCAGAAGAAUUUAAAUUCCUUGAUUUAGUGACGAGAAAAGUCCAUUCUCAUGUUGAAAUAAGAAAGCCCAGGAAAUAAAAUGAUAGUGAGAUUUGUAUUAGACUAUAUUAUGUAUUAAAUGAGGAUAUUUUGUCGAAAAGCAUUAUUGAAUGGACUCCGAUAGACGAAGUGAGAAGCAUAGAAAAAUAAUACACAAGUUGGAGAGAUGAAAUAACUCACCAAGUGAGAACAGGCUGGAUGGAAGUGACGAGGGACAUAAAGUGCUGGUUCAAAAUUGUUAAGAAAGGGUGAUAAGUAAUAAUAAUAAUUAAAUCAUUUUGAAAUAAUUAUUCUGUUACAAUAUUAUACGAAUUUUGAAGAUUUAUUUUAAAAGUAAUAAUUAUAUCUAUAUUAUUUUUGUUGUGUGUUGUAUUUAAUAAGUUAUAUUUUUUUAAUUUAUAUUAUUAUUAUUGAAAUAUACAUGACAUUAAUAUUUUCGAUAUUUUAUUUGUAUAAUUACAUUUUUAGAGCUGUACUCUACUGAGAAGGUGCAUUUAUCGUUAAAAAUUAUGUUAAUUGAAACUAAUUAUAUAUUUAUUUACA